GUGUUAACAUCAAAGUUAUUUAUCCUGCAUGUGAAAGUGAUUUUUCUGAAUUUAUUCAUCAUCCUUUAGUUAUGAUAAAGGAAACAAUACAUCUCUACAAGCAUGCUAGUGUUCAUCAUUUUAGGAGCAUUGGAUCGGAAGAGAAAAAUAAAGGUAAUGUUUCAAGACUUCCACGGAAUGAAGAUCAAACAAUAUUUCGUGAUUCAGAUCCUAUUACAGGCUUCAUACUUAUUAAAGAGGAGCUCAAAAAUUGUUCCUGCUCAAGUUUACAUAUCCGUGCAGUGGCCCAAUUGCAGAGUACAGAGUUUUUGUCUAUCAGAGAUUUAACUGAUGAAUGCAUUCCAUGGCUUGUGAAAUUACGAGACAAAUGUGUGGAGCAACUGACCAACAAGUAUGAAAUUUCAUCAUCAAGACUUGAAUGUUAUGUCUCCUACCCACCAUCAUCUUUUCCAUUCCAUGUGUUUUUUGAGACUGUUCAGAAAGAUUUACCAUUGCCUGUCACAACUACUCAUUAUUUAGAAACCAUUAUUUCUAAUCUUAAAGUGAUACCUGAUUAUUACCAGAAAAUUACCUUGACAUAUUCAUUGCCUGAGACUGAUCCUUUAUUGAGUAAGUUGCGUGAUGCUCAAAAUAAUUCUAAUAAGGAUGAAUACAGAAAUAACGAUUAACAGCUUCUGUUUUCAGAGUGGACUUGAUUUUCAUUUUUUAUCAUUAAUGGCUGAUAAAUUAAUUUAAUGUGUGAUACUAAAAUGAUGUUCUGUAUGGUUAUUGGACAUAAAAUAUGUUUUUUCAGCAUGGAUUUGACAAGUUCUUUUUAUCACUUUUUUUUUAACACUGUAAUUGGUUUCUCUUGUUUGUAAUUUUUAAGAGUGAAACUGUGUCAGAAAUGGUAGUUGUAAAAAUUCGAUUCUGUGCAAGUUAAAAAUAUUUGUGUUUGAUUGUUAAUCAAUAAACCCUGAAAUAUAUACACGAAAAA